GGGGCCUGGCCGCUCUUUGUUGCAGUUGGCUACGCCCUCCAUCCAGCUCACAAAAAACAGCCUCAAAAACAACCAUUUCCUCUCUGCCGCGGGGGGGACACACACGCGCGCCUGCACACACGCAGACACACAGGCACACGCGCUUCCCCGCGGCGGGCCCUCUGCUUUCCAGGACAGGCCGUCUCACGGCGGAGAAACAGGGCAGGGGCUCAGGAAGCCGGAGGCCCCGCUCGGAGCCCGGCUGCUGGCUUCGCUCUGAGGAGCCGGUUCUCGGCAGUGAGGCGGGACAUACCCCACGUCGCCGGCCGCCCCUACAGCUGCUCGCGGGGAGAAGAGGCCUGGCCUCUCAGGAAGACGGCGCACGCACGGCCCUGGGCUGUCGCGGGCGCCCCGGGUGCCUCCCCGGGAUGGGCCGAGAGGCCGGCCGCAGCUGGCGCCUGGUCCUGCUCCAGGUGCAGGAGGCAGGGUAAGGACGGGCCCAGGUGGGCUCACCUGCACCUGUCACGUGGGCCUUCCCGAUGCCUCCGAGAAUGAGCGGCGAUGUCCUCUAGCAGCCCCUAGCUGGUCUCGGCUCUCCCUGGCCACAGCGGUGCCCGGGGCUGGGACUUUCUCCCGACAAGCGGACGGCACUGGCAGUCGGCGAUGACCGUUCAGAAGCUGGUGGCCACGGCGGUGCUGGUGGCCCUGGUCUCUCUCGUCCUCAACAACGCGGCGGCCUUCACCCCCAGCUGGGUGCACCAGACGCUGGAGGAUGGGCGCAGGCGGAGCGUGGGGCUGUGGGCAUCCUGCUGGCUGGCAGACAGGCCCCGGGGAGGGCCGAGCGCCGGGGCCCGGCCGGGGCCGGCGGAUGCAGGGGACUGUGAAGCCCUGGGCUGGGGCUCCGAGGCGGCAGGCUUCCAGGAGGCUCGAGGCACCGUCAAGCUGCAGUUUGACAUGAUGCGCGCUUGCAACCUGGUGGCCACGGCAGCGCUGGCUGCGGGCCAGCUCACCUUCGUCCUGGGGCUGGCGGGCCUGCCCCUGAUGUCGCCCGAGUCGCAGUGCUGGGAGGAGGCCAUGGCCGCUGCGUUCCAGCUGGCAAGUUUCGUCCUGGUCAUCGGGCUGGUGACAUUCUACAGAAUCGGCCCGUACACCAGCCUGUCCUGGUCUUGCUACCUGAACAUCGGCGCCUGCCUCCUGGCCACCCUGGCGGCCGCCAUGCUCAUCUGGAACAUUCUUCACAGGAGAGAGGAUUGCAUCGCGCCCCGGGUGAUCGUCAUCAGCCGCUCCCUGACGGCGCGGUUCCGCCGAGGGCUGGACAACGAGUAUGUGGAGUCGCCGUGCUGAGGGCCGCGGGGGGGCCGCCUGCCCAGGACUUUAUCCACUAUAACCGCACAACGCGGAGGCCACAGGACCGUCCGUGCAGACCAUCCGUAGGGUCUCAUAUAUACACGUACGACCCACAGCUAUGUUUACUCUGCCUCGUAUCCGCACGUCAUACGCCACGCUCCCUCCGCGCCCACCGCUGGGCCUCACUGUCCCCGUGUUCCGGGGGACAGCUCCGCACCUCGGUCUAGGAUUAAUUUAUUCAGUGUCUGCUGAGGGUGGGGGCCUCGGUCAUAUUUACUUUGGUAGAGCAGAACGCCCGGGAAGACUUUGCGGAACUGUCCAUGAACUUCCUCGAGUGACUCAGAAUUUAUAACCAGGUGGCUACCGUUUUAUGGCAGGAUUGUGUUAGUAAUGUCCGUUUUGCUCCUGAUUAUUUUUCUAAGUUAAAAUAAAAGGCAGACUUCCCUCA